AAAUGAAAUGGAUUGUCAACAAUGAUGUCGGUGACCUCUGAAUACAUUUCAUCAUUAUUGUCAAUUCUGUUCUGUUAAUCUACUUUGAAGAUGACUUAGUUCACUAAUUGUACGUUUGGGAUAGAAAACAAAGUGAGUGUGAAAUGAGGACGAGGAUAUUUAAGUUGGCAGUUAAGUUAUGGUUACCAAAAUUGUAGCCGGCUUGCAUCUCGCCUGAAACCGAAAGAAAUAAGACUUAAAAUUAAAUAUUUUUUUUAUCAUUGAUCAUAUUUUUUUAAAGUAUAUUUUAGUUCUAGUAAGCAUUAACUUUAAGUUGAAGCUGUUUCUGAAUACUUUUCGGUAUUUUCAUAUUUAUUCUUCUUUCCAUUUCCAAAGCACUAACUUGUCUACCAAUCAUCCAAUCCCACAGCAGACAUUAAAUUAUAAUAUUUUAUUCUGCUUUUAUUUUCUCCUUUUGACCCUUUUAAUUUUCCUUUCUAAAACUUUCAAUCUUACACUAGCACUUAAUGGUGUUUAUUAUAAAUAAUCGAAUAUUCAAAUAUGUCAAUUGUCAGCCAGAUCAGAGAAAAUGACUGAUCAUGCCAAUUUUGCAAAAUUCCCCUUACAAUAAUUAUAAUCAUUUAUUUUUUUUUUAAAAUAAUGAUAAUGAGAUGGCUUGAGAAUUCAAUUCGUGAACAUUGUUGGGUGACAUCAACAUUCUGAUCCAUUUCAGAUUUGCAAUUUCCCUCCCAGCUAAGUUGGUGCCUUGCCUUUUGUAAUCUUAUCUCAGAGUUUGUCAAAAGGAUUUCCUUGUUUAGUACUGUUCUUCCAUUAAAUUAAUAGUGGGAAUAGGCUUAAUGGAAAUUGAUUCUUUUUUUUUUUUUAAACCAGCUUUUCCUAUAAACAACAACCUCAAGUUACUUGGUAGGUUUUUUAAAUGAUAUCAUCAUAUUUAAUAAGCACUUCGAGUUUCAACCAUGCUAAAUUUCACCAGUAACUUUAUUUUUACCAGUGAUAGACUGUGAUAAUGUGAUACUCUAGUCUACUCAAUAUAAAUUAAUAUCUAUAGCAAAUACACAUGUUCAAAACAAAGUGACCACAGAUUGUUUAAUAAACGUCGGUCAUCUACAUUUAGUAAAAAACCUUUUUGGCACCAGCUUCACUCGAUCUCAUUAUACACUGCGAUGCGAUUAGUUAUUGUAUUCAUUUUGCAUAGUGUAUGUUUAUUUAUUUACUAUUAAGAUACCGUAUUGUACGAUUUUAGGAGUUCGAGGGUAAAUGGGUCUGUAAUAAACAAGAAAAUCUAGAUACAUUAAUUUAAAAUUUAAAAUGGUAAAUUAAGGCGCAUAGCACCCAGGAGGUAUCCACACGUGUGAAGAUCACCUAGUAUUCUAAUCAUAAUAUUGAAAUUUAAAUUGUAUCACAACAUCUCGUUUUGCAUAUGUUUUAUCAAGAAAACUUUAUUACUGUCUGCGGGCCGGAUGAACUGGCCACGCAGGCCGAUCCGACCAGCGGGUCGCGGUUUGGGGAUCCCUGGCUUAUACUAUAGUGUCUUCUCCAACUAGCCUAUAGGACAUCCAUUGUUUACACUAAUGGCAGCCUCUGAUAUAUUCAAUGAGUGUUAAAUAAUUUUAAAGUAAAACAAGGAUUCAUGAGUGAUAUUUGUCUUUGUUCAGAUUUUAACCUUGUGCUUAGCCAUUAACGCUUUUUCUCCCUCUUUUGGCAUCAUCUCCCUCCUUAGGAGUGUAGUUUUGCCGACAAUUAACUAAGAUAUCUAUUUUGUUUGACCUGCCAGAAAAUUUUAAGAGCUUUAACUAAUUCCUUGCUCAAAGCCACAUAAGCUGGUCAACUGUUGCUUUUUAGGGCAACAAUUUCAUACUUUGAAAGCUGGCAGUUUUAAGUUUCAUAUUUAUUAGACAGACCAUGAUAGGAACUGAAAAGAACCAUGGUCCCCUAAUGAUAAUGACCUCCUUAUUAUUGUUUCCUAUCGUGACACAAAUCAAAUAAAAUCAGUGCCUGUCUGCUAAGAAAAUUUAUAGGAAUAAAUUUUGAAUAAAUUUUAAGUUAGUACCAUAAAACAGAUAUUUUAUACUAAUUAAUAAAUUUAAAAAAGGAGGCAUAGAAAAUGGUUUUGAGUUGCAAUGAUUAAAAUCACUCAAAAAUAUAUUUGUAUAUUUAUUUCAUUUCAUCUAUGCAUGAACAGAGAGAAAAAUGAGUUCCGUACAGUUCUUUAAAACAUUUUUAUUGUGCUGCUUAAAUCUAAUGUAAAGUAAUAGAAAACUGGGUUAUAUAAAAUAUAAAAAUAACAUUAUUUUUAUAUUGCUUAAUUAUAUCUAGGCCUUAAAAAAUGGCUUUGAAUAUUUGAUAAGACCGUACAACUAGUCUACAUUUUGAAAAAAUGUCUACAAAGAAGAUGAGAACCUUGGGAGGCAGUGGACCUCCACAUCAAUUCAACCCGACUGUUCCUCAGAGACGCUUAUUCCGGAGACGUACAACACAAGUGGAUGCAGAAAAAAGGGUAUGUUCAUUUAAAUAAAAAAUUUUAAAAAAUGUGCUAAAUUCCACUGAUGCCAGGUAUGGUUUUGAUUUUAGCUCAUUGAAAUAAAUUACACAAACUACACACAUAUUUUGUAAAAAGUGAAUUAAUGCUACUCAAAAUUUUAUAACAGAUAAGUUUAAAAAUGGUUUAUUGUUUAAAAAAUGGGUAUCAAUCGUUUUUGGGCUAAUAUUCAACUACUAUUAUUUUAAUGAAUAAAUUGUAGGAAACUUUAAGAUCAUUACAAGUAUUUAAACUGUCAAGUUAUAAAUAUUAUUUAAUUAUGCAAUAAUAAAUGUAGUUUUUAUUGAGCACUUGAUUUUAAUUAUAUAUUUCAAGUAUACAAGGUUGUGUGCUUGAAUUUGUGAUAGCAAAGAUAAGCUAUGAAUGUAUAGUAUUUUAUUCUGUAGUUAAAAUAGGGCUUCUGAUUUAAAUCUUACUAGAUUGGAAACGUUAGUUGUUUUAUGUAUAUUAAAAACUCAUAGGAAAUGUUAACUAUUUAAUUAAUUAUAAAAAAUAUUUAGAAACACCUUGUGCAUAGAUUUUUUUGUCUCCAAAGCCUAACCCAUUUGAAAUAUUUUAUUUUUAUAAAAUUAUUUUAGAUAGGAAAAGAAUUUCACAUUUUGAAGACUUUGUUUUUUUGUGAUUAUAUGGCACAUUAGAGUUAUGUGUGUGGCACAGGGUUGUUGAUUAAAUUAAUUAAUGAAUUCCUAUGGUACACAGCCCCAUUUAGUUAAAAAGUAUUUCAACAGGUUUGAAAAUGUUUAUAGUUAAGAAAAAAAAUAUAUUUUAAAAGUUAUUGAAACAUUUCAUUUUAACCCUUUGGGACGGCUGGGCUGAUUUAUCAGCCCAGGGUCGAAUGGCCAAUCCAUCUGCCCGAAAAUUCAAGCCACGAAGUUGGCUGGCUGGUCUUCAUACCAGCUAAUCAGAUUGCUUCUUGCAUUUUUCGUUCAUCUUGCCAUUUUAAUAGCGGCUUCCAUCACUAUUUUACUGUGUUCUGUUUGAACUUAUUUCCCCCCCCCCCCCCCCGAAAAUGCUUAAAAAGUAUGCGACCUUGAAAAAUGUCAAAAGGCAUAAGGAGCCUCAGGAAUAUUUUAUGUAGUUUUUCACACUGCAUCCCAUUCAAAUAUAGGUUAGGACUUAUUUAGGUGUCAACAAUCAAAGAAUUUAACAAAUUCCGCAAGUGAGAUGUGUUUAUCCUGAUUGUAAAAAAAAAAAAUUAUGCAAAUUUAUGCAUACAUUUUAAGAUCUCAGUUUGAUUCAUAAAGAUCAUAUUAGUUCUUUCAAUUCCCUAUAAUAAUAUAUAUAGUUUUAUAUCUGUAAAGUAAUAAGGGCUCCGUCUUCUAGGCACCAACACUCCAAAAGGGCUCUGUCUCAAAAGGGUGAAAGAAAAAUCAAAUUUAAUAUGAAAGUAUUGGGAUUGAGAUAGAAUUUCGAGACUGAAAGUGACUAUAGCUGACUUUUAAAAUGUUGACUUUUGACAGUGAUUUAAUGUCCUUGCCUUCCAAUUGAAGCCUUUUAAAGCUACAGCUUGAUUUGCCUAAACCAUUUAACACAGCUCAUAAGUCAUUGUUUGACAAUGUGAUGUUUACAUUAUUAAGCAUUUAAAUUUUUUUAUGCUGUGUGAUUGUGAAUGUCUCCAAAACAUUAUGCUUAAAUAUUAUAGUGCAGACAAGGAAUGUAGUUUAUGGCCUGUUAAUUAUUCCAUUGGAUUUGCAGUGAGGUGUCCAUCAAUCACACUGUUAUGACAAAACACUGACUGUUCAUAUGACUACACUUAGGAUUAGACCAGCACUGCCUAUUCAUACAAAAGUGCACAAGAAAAACAUUAUUGAUUUUAGUUGGUUGCAUAAUAAUUUCAGUUAAGGAUAUACUUUAUCCUAUUAUACACUCAAUUUUCAUUAUUGUUUAAAAUUAAAUUUGAUUUAUUAACCUUCAAUGCUAUAUAAUAUAUAUAAUUAAUAGAUGUGUAAUUUUAAAAAAAAUGCUUAUAUUUUUGUCUAUUAGCUAUAGUCUAACAUUAGCCAUAUUAAUGUGAUUCCAACCUUCUCAGUUUGAUAUUGAGACAAUCAGUGCCUUCAAGCUGACCCCGUCAUUCCAACCUGAUCACUUCACAACUAACAGACCAUUGAUGGGUGCUUGCUGUGCUUGUAUGCCUCAGAGUCGGGUGAGCAUGUCUGAGUUGGAAUUGGAAUAUGAUAGAGCACAGUACAAAGAAAAGAUGUAGAAUAAAACAGUGCAGUGCAUAUAAGAGAAUUAAGGACAUUAAAGUGACUGGUGUAUUAUGUAAUAAAAUUACACUUGAUAGAAUCUGAAUGGAUAAAACAUCGAUUUACAUACAUCCUCUUGUAAAUGAUCAUUGUCCAAUUUGUUGUUUAUAAUAAGGUCCUGUGUAUCAUAGUAAAGUCAUAUCUAUGAUUUCAUGCAUAUUUUAUUGCCUUUGAAAGUAAUAAUCAUUCUUGGCAUAUGCAGUUAUAACUGAAUUGGUCUCAUUUCUCUGCUGUUGCGUUGAAAUGUUAUAUCCUUUAUAAUUUUGACAGCGGGAGUUCAUAAGACCUGAGUUGAGGGAUGUAGGAAUAAGAAAUAUACUGGACGUUAGAACUGAAAUGGCGUAAGUGUUUUGCUGACAAGAUCAAAAUAAAUAAUUAAUUAUUUAAUAUACUUAACUUACUUACAAUGAACGUUUUAAACUGAAAGGAAGUUUGUGUUUUGGUGUCUAGAUCUUUUGUGCAUUAAAAAAUAUAUAAUGGUUAGAUUAACUUGAUAUUUCAUAAUAAAGAAUGUAUGAGGAAGUUUUAUUUUAUAAAACGUGUAAUUAAUUAAAUGUGGUUUACUUCCUCCAGUAACACAGGCUACCUGUCAAGGUGGUUUAAUGUGGAAGCUUAUGCUUUGAGACGUCCAUUAUUUGACACAUAUCCAGAUCUUUCUAUGGCAGUACUAAAUAGUCCACGGUGAGAUAAAUUAUUGUAUUUUUUAAGUCCCAUUGAAAUAUCAGUAAUAAUUAAGUUUUGACGUCAAUUUUCAGUUUGAUGUGUUAUAAAAUAAAGCACAGCAGAUGUUAACAUAAGAGAUCACUGAAUAUAGGGGAGAAAAAAAUCACAACAAAUGAUUGAUGUAUGAUUGCUUUAUAUACUAUAAUUUUUAAAGCCGUUUCAAUUAAAAAAUAAUAAACCGUUCUGUUGAUAUUCUAGUGUCAUAAAUGCCAUUGAGAUGAUGUAUGAUUGCUUUAUAUACUAUAAUUUUUAAAGCUGUUUCAAUUAAAAAAUAAUAAACCGUUCUGUUGAUAUUCUAGUAUCAUAAAUGCCAUUGAGAUGAUGUAUGAUUGCUUUAGAUACUAUAAUUUUUAAAGGUUUCAAUUAAAAAAUAAUAAACCGUUCUGUUGAUAUUCUAGUGUCAUUAAUGCCAUUGAGAUGACAGCAAGUCAAGAAAUCCACAUACUGCAAGGUAGGAAUUUUCUUCAAAUCUUGCUGGGUUGUUUUAUUAUUUUUUAAGCUACUAUCCUGUUAUAUAUCUUAUAAAACACUAACAGAAUCAACACAGUAACACACCUCAUUGGAAAGUGCUUGGGUAAUUAAUUUUAAACAUAUUGAGUGCUAUUAUAGCUCAUGAGAUGGUGAUUCCCUGUUGAUUUUUCUGUGUCUUGUUUCCAGUAGAUGAAGGCUCACUGACCAAACAGAUAGCAGUCAUCCGAAAGAGCUGCAUAUUUACAAUUAACAAAAUGAAAGCUUCUGUUUCUUCAACGUUCAUAAAGUAAGCCAAGAGUCAGGCACUCACUUAAUGCUGCAAAUAUUGAACAUUGAUUAUGUACUUUAAUGCAUUAACAAAUAGUGGAAAUUUCUCUGUUUAUCUCUCUAGUCUUAAAUUUUUAAAGAUUUGUGAUUGUAUCUUCUAUCUUAUCUUUGCUUUCAGAUUGACAGCUUGGUUUUUGACAAAGUUCCUCUCCAAAUUUUUACGCAGUGUCCAAGUAUGUAGAGGUCAGAUGAUGAUGGUCAAACAAGCUAGCCAGGUUAGCCAGACAGAACAAAUGUACAACCCCCCCCCCCCCCCCCCCCCCCCCCCCCCCAAUCCCAUCCCUCUCUCUCUUAAUGCGCAUGACCAAAUUUCAAAAUUAUCUGAACAGUUUGAUAUAAUACACUUAAGUGUAAAAAGACAUACACUUAUAAUUUACACUUUAACCUGUAAAUUAAGAGUGAUUAAUAUGCUCAUUAUUCAGUUAUAUGGCUGACUAGUAUACAUGCAUUUCUUUUUUCAGAUCCACAGUUACCAUCAUUUAACUUGGAGUUUAUUGUACAUUUUCAGAAAGGUGUUCCUAUGAUUUAUCUGCCCCUGCAUCGAAGUCAUUUGGAUUACAUCUUGGUAACUCUAAUCUUGUGGCACUAUGAUAUUAGAGCACCAUAUGUUGCUGCUGGGGACAACAUGGACAUUCCAUUCUUCAAGUAAAUGACUAGUGGCACACCGUAAUAUUAAAUAUAUGAAAUAAGUUAAACACAAAAGAUAUAGCUUGAAUUUAACAUUUAUUACUUGCUUCUUGUACAGAUAAUUGAUGAGUAAUAAAAAUCAAAUUGAAUGAUUGAACAUGUAUGUAAUUUGCUUAUAGUUUACUCAUGAGGGGACUAGGAGGUUUUUUCAUACGCCGUCGCCUUGACACAAAAGCAGGCCAAAAGGAUUUUCUCUAUAGAGCAAUAUUACAUGAGGUGAGUUCAUUUCAUUUAACCCUUCUGUGAAAUGUGCAGACUUCAAAAUUACAACUUUAUUUUAUUGAUGAUGCAUUUUUAACUAAAAGUUUGCAUUUCUUGAUAAACAUUGUUUGUGAAAAAUGCUUCAAUAGUUUGUUUGUAGCUUGAUGAUUGAUGUCAGGGAUUUCUUUCAAAUUCAUGUUUCCAGUACAUGACAAAACUUCUGAGUCACGGAGAAGGUUUAGAGUUUUUUCUUGAGGGCGGCAGGACACGGACUGGGAAGGCGGUGAUACCAAAAGGUGGUCUCUUAUCUGUCGUGGUGGAGGCCUUCAAUGAAGGUAGGACUACAGUGGUCGACAUCAAGAUCUUCUCUAGAAAGCUUAUCAAUCACCAACAAAUUUUACUAGACUUACAAUCAGCUUAUAUUAUAAGUUUUAUUUUUCUUUCUUCUUAGUCAUUUUGGCCUUGUUUUCAGUUCAAUGAUUUAUUAUACUAACUGCUUUAGAGUUUAAAAAAACAGAUGUGUACAAUAAAAACCUCACCAAUUCUCAUUAUUGAAUUCGCAGGUGAAAUCUCAGAUGCUUACAUUGUUCCAAUCACAUUUAGUUAUGAGAAGAUAAUAGAUGGAAAUUAUUGCACUGAACAGAUGGUGAGUGGAUAAUUCAUCGUUACUGACAUUGGUAAAAUCCUAAUGUGCUGUGCCUUCAUUUAAUAACUAUUGAUAUUACAUAAAAAUUUACCGCAUUUGGGCACUCAUUGUUCUUAUCUUUACAUGGCUUAAGCUUAAAAAUAGUAAUGGUUUAUUUCAUAAUUUGAUUUUCAGGGCCAGGGUAAAGUGAGAGAAUCAUUCUGGGGUGCUGUCAAGGCAAUAUUUCGAGUUUUCUUCAACAAUUAUGGCAGUGUCAGGGUAGAUUUUGCUCAGCCGUUUUCACUGAGGGUAAGUACACAGUCUUAAGAUAUUAACUCCUGUUUUCUACCUGCUGACAAAUAAAGUUUGUUAAGUAUUUCAUUAUUUUAUUUUAAAAACCCAAUCAUCCACUGAUAUGUGAACACCCGACUUGGGAUGUGAACUGGUGUGGAGCAACAGCUGAAACAUUCAUAUCUCAUCUCUUAGUUAUGUGUAUGUGGAGUAACGGCUGAAACAGUCAAAUAUCAUCUGCUUGUCUGAGUGUGUGUGGAAGAACAGCUGAAACAAUUAUAUCUUAUCUCCUAGUUUUGUGUGUGUCUGGAGCAACAGCUGAAAUAGUUACAUCUCAUCUCCUAGUUAUGUGUGUGUGUGUGGAAACAGUCAUAUCUCAUCUCCUAGUUAUGUGUGUGUGUGUGUGGAAACAGUCAUAUCUCAUCUCCUAGUUAUGUGUGUGUGUGUGUGUGUGGAAACAGUCAUAUCUCAUCUCUUAGUCUAAAUUACUUUUCUUAUGUUUCAGGAAUUCAUGCAAAACACCAAAAAUAACCCUUACCACCCACUGACUGCCCCAGUGACUCCAGGAUGUGUACAGUUGGACUAUGGAAAUUCUUAUCCCAACUUUUCACAAACCCUUUUAUCUACCAACGGGGAUGCUGAGAAAACUAGGAUGAUGGUCAAGGCCCUUGCAGACCAUACAGUUUAUAGUAAGCGGUCAAAGCAUAUUAACAAACAUGUCUUCCAACAUAUAACCUUAGCUUGCAGAUCAUACAGUUUAUAAUAAAUGGUCGAAUCAACAUACAACUUAUAUACUUAAGCUUCAUAUUCAAUUUUGCAUCAUGGCUGAUGACAUUUUGGCUAUGAAAAUGUUAUGUGAGAAAGAAUCCCCUGCAGUAAAUGGCCCUGAUCUAGAUGCAUCAUUUCAGUAUGUAUGUUGAAGGUAUUUAAAAGAACAGUAACCAAUUUUAUUUCCUCAGUUGUUUUUUUCUUUGCAAUGUUUUAGCUAUUUAAGUAUUUAUUUUCUUACAAAAAUGGUUUUAAAGCAAAGUAUUUGAUAGUUUCUUUGUCAUUUUCACAUUAUCCAAAACCUUUGAAUGCUCUUGUUAAAUUAAUUAUAUUUUCUUAAAUUUAAUUUAACCCAUUAUAUAUCACUAAUGUUGAAUUUUUAAUUAAUUCAAUAGUAUGUGAUUAAUUUGAAUUUUUACUUAAACCAAUAGUAGCUCACUAAUUUGAAUUUUUACUUAAGCCAAUAGUAUGUCACUAAUGUUGAAUUUUUAUCCCCAGCUAGUGACCACUGCACACCCCCUAUGGCUUCUCAUCUUCUCGCUUUCUUACUUUUGACAAAAUACAGACAGGUAAAUGUCUUCUCCUUUUUUUUUUGGUGCCAAUUUUUUUAAUCACACAAGAAAUCAAUUUUGCAACUUUGUAUGUUGAAGAGGCAGAUAAACUUUUUGUGAGAGCUCAAAUACCAGCUGAUAGCUCAGCUCUUAUGAAUGACCAGAUAGCUGGCAGGACUAAAUCUGGUUUUUUACAUUGCCACAAGAGGUCAGACAAAUUUUUGGCCCUAGAGCUGCCAAUCUAUGACUCUGCAAUUUGUUCCCAGUCUGUGAAAGAAAUUUUUGUUCCAUAAGCAAAAUUUUCAAAUUACAUUCCCAUGUGUCAUUUCAGCUUCAAAUUUCAUUCCCAUUUGUCAUUUCAGUAUCAAAUUACAUUCCCUUGUUUCAUUUUAAAUUAAAAUACAUCCCCAAUAUUCAAGCGACAGGUGCAUGUAGAAAGUAGGUAAGGUCUUACUCUCUAUAGAGUAACAUUUUAGCCACUAAUUUGUAAUAUGACCAAAUGUUACUCUUGUAACUUAAGGGAGCUUACAUGAGGGAGUUGACUAAAGGUGUCCAUUGGAUGGUUAGGGAACUCCAAGCCCAGAACAAAGAUGUGGGCUUUUGUGGACAAUCAGAGGAUGUCAUUAUCUAUGCACAGACUUUACUUGGGGACGAGCUUGUGUCUAAGGAAUGGUGAGGCACUUUCUUAUCACUUGUGUAGUCAUAACUGCUCUCUUACAACUAGAACUGCUCUCUUAGAACUGAUUUCAAAUGUUGCAAGUAAUUACAUUUGAAAGAAAUUAACAAGCCUUGUCAGCUUUUCAUGUGAUGAAGUAGGUUUUAAAUUGUCGGUUAUUGCAAGCUGAGUUAUGUCAGAUUUUUUAAGCAUUUUAUGUGGAGAUUGUUUUUAUUUGAAAAAUGUUAACAUCGUUCUUAACGGACUAUAUCCAUGACUUAAUGUUUCAGGCAUGAGGAGAACAAUGAUCUGAAACUGUACCCAAACCUGUCCUUGCCCUCAGUCUUUGAGCUCAGCUAUUAUGGCAAUCUUGUUACAACACACUUUGCUCUAGAGAGUGCGUUAGGUGCGUUUAGAUUCUUUGGAAUUUAAGCAGUUAUAUAGUUUAAUUAAAGUCGUUUAUUCUUGUUUUUCUUAUUUUUUAAUGAAAACACAAUGCAGUGAGAACCCAAUUUAAUAAUUAACUCAUAAUUAAUUAUGAUUUUUUUUUUCUCAAGAUUUAUCAUUAAAUCUAUCUGAAUGAUUAUUAAAUCUGUCUGAAUGGUCAUUAAAUCAAUAGGUGUGGCUGUAUUGCUAGAAGGGAAUCUCUCCAUUUUUAAUUUACAAACGUCCUCACCCUUCAAAGAAACUAAAAUCUUGAGAGAAAAGGUCAUCGAAGUUGCUGAAGAAAUCUGUGUCAUCAUUCAUAACGAGUUCAUUUUUCUCCCGGUGAGUUGAGCAAACUAUUGAUGUGUUUCUGUCCAACUACAUCUGUGUUGAUAAGUUAAUGUCAAACUACAUCUGUGUUGAUAAGUUAAUGUCAAACUACAUCUGUGUUGAUAAGUUAAUGUCAAACUACAUCUGUGUUGAUAAGUUAAUGUCAAACUACAUCUGUGUUAAUGUCAAACUACAUCUGUGUUAAUGUCAAACUACAUCUGUGUUGAUAAGUUAAUGUCAAACUACAUCUGUGUUGAUAAGUUAAUAUCACACUACAUCUGUGUUAAUAUCACACUACAUCUGUGUUAAUAUCACACUACAUCUGUAUUGAUGUGUUAAUGUCAAACUAAAUCUGUGUUGAUAUGUUAAUUGUCAAACUACAUCUGUCUUAAUGUCAAACUAUACCUGUGUUGAUAUGUUAAUGUCAAACUACAUCUGUGUUAAUGUCAAACUACAUCUGUGUUGAUAUGUUGAUGUCAAACUACAUCUGUGUUGAUAUGUUGAUGUCAAACUACAUCUGUGUUAAUGUCAAACUACAUCUGUGUUGAUGUCAAACUACAUCUGUGUUGAUAUGUUAAUGUCAAACUACAUCUGUGUUGAUGUGUUGAUGUCAAACUACAUCUGUGUUGAUAUGUUAAUGUCAAACUACAUCUGUGUUAAUGUCAAACUACAUCUGUGUUGAUAUGUUGAUGUCAAACUACAUCUGUGUUAAUGUCAAACUACAUCUGUGUUGAUAUGUUGAUGUCAAACUACAUCUGUGUUGAUAUGUUGAUGUCAAACUACAUCUGUGUUGAUAUGUUGAUGUCAAACUACAUCUGUGUUAAUGCCUUACUGUCUACAUCAGUUUAACGUCAUUUUAAAAAAACUUUCUAUUUAUUUCAAUUUUGCUCAAGCCAUUUGAAUGCAGCUUAUUUGAUCUCACACAAAUAAAUGCUGAUAUGAUUGAACCUAAUGUUUGCAAGUUAAGUGCUGUCCACAACCUUACAAUGUCCUCUUAUUUGUCUUCAGCCCUGUGAUAAUCUCAACAAUGCCCUUGUUGGCAUGAUAGAGAAUUUCAUUACUAAGGAAAUCCUUUCUACAGAGGAAGACCUUAAGGUAUGUUGUAAUGUUUUUUUACUUAAUAAUUUUAUGUGCAUCCAACAUUUAAUCAUUCGUCAUCAUUAUGGAAGUUUGUCUUAAAAUGUUCACAAACUGUGACACACACAUGUAUCAAUUUUGGCUGAUUUAGCAAGCCAUUAAAUAUGGCUAUUUGUUAAAAAUUUAGAAAUUUAAAUAUCAGAAUAUAGCUAUCUGUUUAGUCUUUGUUUAUUUUUUUGUGAAGUUUAUUAAUGAUCAGAGUCACUGAGUUCAUUGAGUCAAUAGUUAAUGUUUCAUCAUCAUCAUAGUGAUCCAGUAGCUGUUGAGAUAUGGGCCCUUUGACCUGAGACCAUAGUGAAAAUGUGCAGGUCUAUGUAUGUUGGUCUAUUUAAAAUUAAGUUCAAUGAAAUUUAUUUAAGAGGACAUUGUUAAAACAGUAAUUUUUCUUAAGUUUAUUUAUCCAAGAGGUUUAUAGAAAUUUAUUUGAAUCCUAUUUCUUUAAAGAUUCUUGAAAAAGUCAGUGAUGAACUGAGUACAAAUCACGCAGCCACCAUAAAGUAAAAUCCAUGGCGGUACUGCUUUAUAUACCUUAUAUAAAUAGUGGCAUCCAUCCAAUGGCAGCACUACUUUAUAUACCUUCUAUAAAUAGUGGCAUCCAUCCAAUGGCAGCACUACUUUAUAUACCUUCUAUAAAUAGUGGCAUCCAUCCAAAUAGCAACACUGCUUUAUAUACGUUCUAUAAAUAGUGGCAUCUAUCCAAAUGGCAGCACUAAUUUAUAUACCUUCUAUAAAUAGUGGCAUCCAUCCAAAUGGCAGCACUACUUUAUAUACUUUCUAUAAAUAGUGGCAUCCAUCCAAAUGGCAGCACUACUUUAUAUACCUUCUAUAAAUAGUGGCAUCCAUCCAAUGGCAGCACUGCUUUAUAUACCUUCUAUAGUGGCAUCGAUACAUAUUCCACAAGGGGGCCAACCAUAACUGAAGUUUUAAAGAAGUUUCUGUCAAACAAAUUCCAUUUCAAUCAAAUAAAUCUUUAAAACAUUUCUCCUGAUAAAUUACUUUCAAAUAAAUUGUUUUUGAACAAAUUUCCGGAUACAAUAAGGUGUUGGUAUAGACUGGCAGUUGUUAUAGUUUAUGAUGAUAGUGCAAGUCACGUGUAGUGAAAGAUAUAGCUAAUAAUUAUGGUGGAAGUCCUGUGCAGUGAAAGAGGUAAAGUCAUGUUUAAAAAAUAUUUUAUAAAAAAUCAUUGUCCAGGGAGAUGACUUUACGUUUGCUGGUAAAGACAGGAGAUGGGCUGAUAGGCUGGCAGUGUCGAUGGAUGUUGAUGACGAUGACGACUCUGAGUUUUAUCAACCGAAACAAACUUUAGUGGUAUGUUGCUAAUGUUUGAUCUAUUUUAAAAAAGUAUAAUGGUCUCUUUAUUGCCAUAAAGAUUAGCUGAGUGACAUUUAACUUUGGCUUACCUCAUACUGUAUUAAGCAGGAAACAUGAAUGUGACUUACAUUUGAUGAUUAUACUUUCAUGUGUUCAACCACUUUGAUCCUCUUUGAUUUACUGGUACAAAGAGCCUCAAUGGAAGAAGCAAGACAUUUUAAUUAUUGACUUUAUCAUCGUGAUUGGUUGACUCUAUCAUUGUGAUUGUUCACUACAUUAUUUUUAUUGUUGACUCUAUCAUUGUGAUUGUUAUCUCUAUAUCAUUGUGAUUGUUCACCCUAUCAUUGUGAUUGUUCACCCUGUCAUUGUGAUUGUUCACCCUAUCAUUGUGAUUGUUCACUCUAUCAUUGUGAUUGUUCACUCCAUCAUUGUGAUUGUUCACCCUAUCAUUGCGAUUGUUCACUCUAUCAUUGUGAUUGUUAUCUCUAUAUCAUUGUGAUUGUUCACCCUAUCAUUGUGACUGUUCACCCUGUCAUUGUGAUUGUUCACCCUAUCAUUGUGAUUGUUCACUCUAUCAUUGUGAUUGUUCACUCCAUCAUUGUGAUUGUUCACCCUAUCAUUGCGAUUGUUCACUCUAUCAUUGUGAUUGUUCACCCUAUCAUUCUGAAACAGGUCAAUUUGGAGAGAACAGACAUCCGAGAAAGGUUGCAUUUCCUCGUCUCAGUUCUUGGACCAGUUCUGGAGUCUCAUCUCAUCGUAGCCAAAUUUUCUUUGGAUGAAUUGCAAGCUGAACAACCAGGUAAAACUGUUGGGCUAAAUAAGCAGGCAUUAGUGUAUAGUAACAACCAGGUAUUAAUAAUGCUGAACAACCAGGUAUUAAUAAAGCUGAACAACCAGGUAUUAAUAAAGCUGAACAACCAGGUAUUAAUAAAGCUGAACAACCAGGUUUUAAUAAAGCUGAACAACCAGGUAUUAAUAUUUAUAAACAAAACAAUCAGCUAUCAAUAAAUCUGAACCACCAGGUAUUAAUCAUACAGCUGAACAAUGUUAUUAUAAGAGGGGACUGCGUUCAAGCUGUGUGAAGUAAAUAAGUAGUGGAACAAGAUAUGUUUGGGCUUGGCUUGAAAAAAAAAUGGAGAACAAUUAAAAGGUCAUUUCGGUUAAAUGCCUUCUUCAGCAUACAAUACAAGACAAGAAAUAACAAAUUAUUGGAAAUUAAAAACUUAAGUGUUCCCAGAUAGCAAUGCAGCUCUCUCAAUCUCUUUGCAGAAACAAAGGCGUACAUUAUAAAUGGUAAUUCUGUUGUUCAAAACCAAAAUGUGCCUUUCACAUUAUUCUGUGGUGCAUACUGUGAAAGUAAAAUAAUUAAAGUAUUAUUAAUGUAAAAUUAAUAUUUUAAACUACCAAAAAUGAGAAUAGAAAUGUAGAGAAAUUGUGGACCACUUGUGAGAGACGACUGGAUUCAUUCCAUAUGUUGUUAUGGUGUCCUAAAACGGCUUCUUGAACAUGGACCAGGAGAUCACUUAGAUAUUUAUCCCUUCUGAAUACAAUAAGUGGAUGAGAAAACCCAGUUAGCGUAGAGACAACAAGGAGUAUGUGAUGAGUUUUGUGAGGGUGGUAGGUAAGGAUGAGUUUUGUGAGGUGGUAGGUAAGGAUGAGUUUUGUGAGGUGGUAGGUAGGAUGAGUUUUGUGAAGGUGGUAGGUAAGGAUGAGUUUUGUGAGGUGGUAGGUAAGGAUGAGUUUUGUGAGGUGGUAGGUAAGGAUGAGUUUUGUGAGGUGGUAGGUAAGGAUGAGUUUUGUUCGACCCCUCAUUUUUGUUUACGCAAGAUUUGAAAGCAUCAUGAUGUGUAAUUGUGCUAACAUAUUUGCACUAUUUGGAGUGGGAGAGUGAAUGCUAAAAAUAACUAUAACUGUCAGGUGUUUUUAGUAGGCAGAGGGGGAUAAUCCGUUUUCUUUUAAGAUAAGGGAAAUGUCCAGAAAGUUUACUGAUUUCUCAGCGAUUUGUGAAGGGAAUUUAAUAGAUGGAAGGAAUGAGUUUAGAAAAUCAAAAUAAUUUUGGAGUUCAUUUGUUUCCAUGGUAAUGAUGCGAUCAGUGUAAAAUUCUGGGAUACGGCCAGUAUAUUCUGCCUUCUCUACAAUGUAUUCCAAUUGAGCCAUAAAAAGUAUGGCAUAACUAGUGCCCAGUUUGGUACCCAUGGUCACACCACUAAUUUUGGUCACAGAAAUGAGUUGGAAAGAUUUGAGGAUUAGUACCAAUAACGGCUGAACAACCUGGAAUGAACACAUUUUUUAGGCUAUGGUUAAUUUAUGUCAUAACCAAAUCCUUUGCUACUACCAUCUAGAUGAGCUUCGGGGGUCAUUGAAUCAACAGAUCAGUUCAUUGAAUCAACAGAUUAGGUCAUUGAGAAUAGUUUUCCAAAAGGUAUACAAAGAAUGAAACAAACAGCUACAGAAAGUAAAAAAAAAUGUACUGAUUGCAUUCAAUACAUAUGCUAUCUGGAGAUGUACAAAAAGACAGCAAGUUAUUUGUUUAGCACCCAGUAUACAGCAGUUGAAGGAAAUGGUCUAAAUAUCAUUAGGGUAGGCGUACUGAGUUGAGGGAAAUGGUCUAAAUAUCAUUAGGGUAGGCGUACUGAGUUGAGGGGAAUGGUCUAAAUAUCAUUAGGAUAGGCGUACUGAGUUGAGGGGAAUGGUCUAAAUAUCAUUAGGGUAGGCGUACUGAGUUGAGGGGAAUGGUCUAAAUAUCAUUAGGGUAGGCGUACUGAGUUAUGGGGAAUGGUCUAAAUAUCAUUAGGGUAGGCGUACUGAGUUGAGGGGAAUGGUCUAAAUAUCAUUAGGGUAGGCGUACUGAGUUGAGGGGAAUGGUCUAAAUAUCAUUAGGGUAGGCAUACUGAGUUGAAGGAAAUGGUCUAAAUAUCAUUAGGGUAGGUGUACUGAGUUGAGGGGAAUGGUCUAAAUAUCAUUAGGGUAGGUGUACUGAGUUGAGGGGAAUAGUCUAAAUAUCAUUAGGGUAGGCGUACUGAUUUGAGGGGAAUGGUCUAAAUAUCAUUAGGGAAGGUGUACUGAGUUGAGGGGAAUGGUCUAAAUAUCAUUAGGGUAGGUGUACUGAGUUGAGGGGAAUGGUCUAAAUAUCAUUAGGGAAGUUGUACUGAGUUGAGGGGAAUGGUCUAAAUAUCAUUAGGGUAGGCGUACUGAGUUGAAGGAAAUGGUCUAAAUAUCAUUAGGGUAGGUGUACUGAGUUGAGGGAAUGGUCUAAAUAUCAUUAGGGUAGGUGUACUGAGUUGAGGGGAAUAGUCUAAAUAUCAUUAGGGUAGGUGUACUGAGUUGAGGGGAAUGGUCUAAAUAUCAUUAGGGUAGUGUUCUGAGUUGAGGGGAAUGGUCUAAAUAUCAUUAGGGUAGGUGUACUGAGUUGAGGGGAAUGGUCUAAAUAUCAUUAAAGUAGGUGUGUACUGAGUUGAGGGGAAUGGUCUAAAUAUCAUUAGGGUAGGCGUACUGAGUUGAGGGGAAUGGUCUAAAUAUCAUUAGGGUAGGCGUACUGCUAGCAUCUAAUAAAAGUAAUUACAAAUAAUUUAUUUUUCAGAGGAGGAAUUUCUGAUUGCUCUUGGACAGUUUGCCAGGAAAAGAGUGGAUCAAGACCUUGCUGUCUUUUGUAAGUUAACUCUUGAAGAGUUCAAAAUUAGUUCCGUCAAUGAAUCAUGAAGUGAAUCAUUCAUCAAAAGUGAGAUUUUAUGACAUUAUUUUCCAUUAUUCCAUUUCAGCGGAAAGUUGUGCCAUGAUGAAUCUGAAAUCUGCCGUGAAAUCCUUUCAAGACCUUGAGAUUUUAUACAACUACACUCGGGCCAACCUUACGAUGGUGGGGAUGAGUGAACAGCAAGACGCUAGGUGUACACUGGAUCAUUACUGUACAUUGCUGCAGUCGGCUCUCGGCUAAAUUUGAAUUCAAUGCACUUGACCUGACAUCAUGUCAGGUUUCUGCAUCUAGGGAUCAUAACACUGCCCAAUUAGUCUCAGGAAAACAUGAUUCAGAUAUUACUUUGUGUUUCAAGCUUAAAAAGAGGAAGCAAAGUUUUUUUAAACCGAAUUUGCAAUGGUAUCCAUUAAUGUGAGAUGGUCUUUGUACUGUGAACAAUCAUGACACUUAAGUAGCUUAAAUGCACUCUCAGAACAUUAAUUCAUAUUUUAACUAUGUAAGUAUAAACAGGAAAACUUAGGCAUCUGACAUCUUCACAUUUAAAUAUGGACUUGAAAAAACAUCAUGUCGAUGAGUUAAACUAUUUCCCCUGAACUGCAUUUGUGACGUUAUUUAUAUUUAUCAUUUUGUUUUUCUAUUUAUUGUUUCCUUUUCAAUUCGAUUGUCAGGAGACUUGAAUCACUUCACCUUCUGUAAAUAUCUACACAUUUUGACAAAUAUGUUCACCUUGUUUUGAAUUGUGAGAAUACUCUGAGGUGAAACAAAGUUUGAAGUUGCGUACGCCCUGAGUCUUGAAUAAACUCAUCACCUAUCUGUCUAUGACCUUUUCACAUGUUUUGCCCAGUUUCAAAUCUUUAGGUUAAGUCACUAAACAUGCAAGUUUUUGAAAAUAUAAUAUGACAACAAACCGUACAAAGCUGACACCAGCACUGUUUGAAUAUCUAUCAACAUUUACACUUCUGUAAAGUAGGUGCCAAGUUUUCUUUGGAUGACCUGCAAGCUCAACAACUAGGUAUGAACCAUGUUUAUUGCUUGCCUUCCUAGUACAGUACACCGUAGCUAUAAAGGUGUCCUCAUGGCCAAUAGUUGCUAACAAAAAGAAUUUCACUGGGUGUGAUUUCACUUGACAUUCAAAAAUGUAACUACUUGUCAGGAUUUAAAAAAAAAAAAUUUGUUUUUUUGUGUACAUUUUUCCCUCAUGCAAAAUUUUAUUCAAGGAUGCACUUACAAAACUGCCAUAGAAUUUGCAGUCUGAAAUCUUUUGUAGGUAACUUGCCAUGAAAACUGUCCGUCCCCUAGCUGUUAUUAAUUUGUGAGUAAAUAGAAUUUUGGAAUAUUUUUAUAUUUAUAAAGUCCUGGAAUAUUUCUACAUUUUUUAAUCUAGGCUUUUUUUUUUUUUUCAAACAUGUUUUAUUAAUGCAAUGAUAAGACCAAAACGUAUAUACUGGUACAAAGCAAACAAAAGCUGAUUGUUGUCUUGUUAUUUAGAUAUGGUACAAUUGAUAUGGUAUUCUUCACUUUUAUACGUUUUCAUUUUUCGGAUCUUUUGACUCACAAAACAUCUGUUAAGUCUAGUUGUGACCACAUUGUAGCCUUGUCCAACAUUUGAUCUCCACUUGAACAUUGUUGUGUUGAACUUGAAGCACAAAUGCCAAUAUUUAUUUUAAUUAUGUGGGCUUUCAGAGUGCUGAUUAAAGUGAUGCUGUAACAAGUUAUUAAAAAAACAAUAACUGUUUUAGGCGAGUGUAAAAUAAAGAAUCAUGAAGUGCAACAGUGCUGCUCAUACUAGUUAUCAUAUUGAAUUGAUACAUUGAACUUCAAAAAACAUAUUUAGGACAUUAAAGUUAUGACCUAAAUAUGAUAUAAAUAUGUUAUAAUAAAAGAAAAUAAAUCAGAAAAGAUAAUCUGUGUAACAACUUUGAGUUCUCUAAUUUAUAAGAUGAUAAAUAUUUUGCUAGCGACCUAUUACUGGCCCAGGUCCGUUUCAUGAGCAUUGAUCUAAAAAAUAAAUCUGAAGGUAACUGCAGAGGGCAUACAUGAUUUUAUUUUUAGAGAUUAUUUAUUUGAAUGAUAUAUCUGAGAAAAUUUUGCCAAAUUAAUGGUUGGUUAAAGUCCAUUAAUAGGGAAUAAAAGACUUCGUUAAUUUAAGAAUAAAUAUGAUCAUUUAAAAUUUAAAGACAACAGAUUAUAGGUGUGUUUUAGUGGAGGUUGUGUAUAGAUGCCUUACUUUUAGUGCGCUGUGUUUGAAGUGGAAGUUGUGUGUAGAUGCCUUAAUCAUCCGAGGAUUUAAUAUGCUAGUGUGUAAUUUAGAGCUUUCAAUAUUUUGAAUAGAAAUAGAAAUAAAAUUUGUUUACAAAACAAAA